AUGGCAAACGUCCAAGCUCCGCCAGCUUCACGCAAAAUGCACGACCUUACCGACCAAAUCGUCCUCAUAACUGGUAUAGGAUGCAUCGGAGCCGGAUGGGGAAACGGAAUAGCAAUUGCGACGUUAUUCGCUCGACAAGGAGCGAUCCUCUUUGGCUGCGACCUAUCACUUGAAGCCGCCAACACCGCAAAGGCCCAGAUAAUCUCGGACACGCCCACAGCAGAUGUCACGGUCAUGCAAGCCGAUGCCACAUCUUCUACCUCCGUCAAAGACUUCGUAGACGCAUGUAUAGCGAAGCAUGGUCGAAUAGACAUUCUCGUUAAUAACGUGGGGCGAAGCGAGCCAGGUGACCCAGCGACCAUCACAGAGGAGACUUGGGAUAAGCAAAUGGAUGUCAACCUUAAAUCUGUUUACCUUACAAGUCAUCUUGUGCUACCUAUUAUGGCUUCUCAGAAGACUGGCGGGAACAUAGUCAAUAUCAGCUCAGUCUCCGGUCUUCGCUAUAUUGGAAAACCGCAAGUCGCUUAUUCGACCACGAAAGCGGCGAUUCUUUCCUUUACUCGCACUACUGCUGUUAUCUAUGCAGAUAAAGGUGUGAGGUUGAAUACGGUUGUGCCUGGUCUGAUCAAUACGCCGUUGGUGAAGAUGCUUGCUGAUAAAUAUGCUGGUGGUGAUUAUGAGGGGUAUUGCGAAGUGAGGGAUAAGCAGGUUCCUAUGGGGAAGAUGGGGACGGCUUGGGAUGUUGCGAAUGCUGCGUUGUUUCUGGCUAGUAAGGAGGCUGCGUAUAUUACCGGGACGGAGAUUGUUGUUGAUGGUGGCCUUACGCAGAGUACUGGAAGGACCUGA